AGUACUCUGUGGAAUGCAAAUGACAGGGCAAGCAUAUUUUAUUUAUAAAUUUCAUCUGGAAGCAAAUUGUACGAACACAUUUAAUUGUUAUUUAAUUGCUUGUAAUACUUGGACUCAACCUUUGGUUAAUGAACUCGUCAAUACUUGCUGGAAUUAUUAUUACGAGUCGCUGGAAUCGCGUAUAUUUAUCAAAUUAAUUCGCCUUCAGCUUUAAUCGACGAAGGUUACUUGUGGAAGAUGCCUUCCAUCACAACUGAAGAGCAGAAUGCCACCAAUAACGCAACCUCCGAAGGACCUGAUCAAAAUGAUAAAAUGUGGAAUGCUCUCAAACGGUACAUACUACGAGAAAGACAGAGAAAAAAAGAAGAGUACGAGGCAGAAGUAGAGGAAGAAAGAUUGAGAAAGGAGAAAGAAGCCAGAGAGAGACAAGAUGUAAUGACUCUUGAGGAAACGAAAGAGCAGAUUGACCAGUUAGAACAAAAAUUGAAACAGCUUGAGAAGGAGAAACAACAAUUGUUCAUGCGGCUUAAAAAAGUCCUCAAUGAAGAUGUUAGAAGGAGACAGAAAGAGACCAAUGAAAUGCAACCAAUGAAAAUGCAGCAAAUGGGUAACAUGCCAAUGCCGAUGUUCUCGAUGCCUCCACAGCCAGGACAGGGUGAGCCUCCUCCCAAUCAGGGUAGGCCUCCACCACAUAACACACAUAUACUAAAUAAGCAACACGGACAACAGAUGGUCCGACCUAUGCAAUCUGGUGUGAAACGACCACGGAGUCCCUCACCUACGUAUGCAUUGUAUGCACACAGAUUACACCAGCCUCCCAUGAAACAUCAACCUGUUUACUCUGACCAUAAGGAUGGUCGCAUGGGUCGUCCGAUGACACGCGCCGUGCUCUGGAACAAAACGUCUCAGUACGGAUCGAACGUGGGUCAGUCGUCGGUGUCGUCCGGCGGGUACUACAGCAUGCCGUCGUCGGGCGUGGUGCCGGACCGGCCGCCGCCGCUGCUGUACGCGCACCACGCGCACACACCCCACACGCCGCACACGCCGCACCACGCCAACCUCAUGUACGCGCCCGCCCCGCAGCCCCCGCAGAUGUACCUCGACAUGCUCAAGAACAGGGACGGGCAGCAUCAGGACCAGAAGAAGGACGGCCAGCAACCUCAAGUUCUAAUCGGGCUGAGCGACGCCCACCCGUCCGUGAGCAGCGGCGUCGCCUACCAGCCGCCGGUCAGCAGACACCUGUCCAUCCACCCCCAGCAGCAUAACAAUAUGCAGGGUCCAAAGCCCGGCAGCAUAACCCAGGGCUACCCGGUGCAGCAGUCCAACCAGAACCCGAACAUGUAUCCCAGCAGACACCGUUAUUAGCUGUUGCUUUUCAAACAACACCUCGCCAAACAAACACCGUAGCGCCGCCCCUACCUACUAGGGAUGUAGCGAUGUUAUACGUGGAACGAUAAUCGAUUAUAAGUUAUCGAUACUUUUUAUUGCAUUUUUUUAAUCGGUUUUUAAGCUAGUGAGUGUGUUAUUAGGGCCAUGGUGGAAGUUAAAUAUUAUAAAUCGCGUUAUUGUUAGUAUACAUGAAUGAGGGAAUGGAAAUAAUUUAGAGAUAACAUUUUUACUAAACGUUUAACGUUAAUUUGUUAAGUUACUUUUAGAUUUUUAUUUUUAAUAUGGCAUCAAAAUGAUUUACAUAAAUAUAAGUUGCUAAAUUACCCACGUAUUGACGUCGUUCGAAUAACAGUGAAGAGAAAAUAGACAAUACAGUUUGUUUGUGCAGUGUUGUUAGACUCGUUUGUAACAGUCCGGAAAAAAAAACAAAAACUAUAUUUUAAUGAGACAAAGAAUUAUAAUAGAUGUAGUGGCAAAUGUUUAUGUGAUUGUGUAAUUAGUCUUUGAUUUUAAUCGAACGUGUAGGCGAGCUCACUGGGCUCAGCCUGGGAUACUUUGCUAACAUCAUCGUCCCUAGCAAGAGCAGUGCUUCGCUGAAUCGCUACGGAUCGGAAUCGCGAACCACUGAGAAGAUCCGGCUAGAAACUCAGUGGGCUGUGUCUAUGGGUUAGUUUACCGAGGACGGUGACCGGUUUUCUAGUCUGUAAUCAAGCACACGUCUAUUCGAAACGUCCGAGAUCGUCAAAUAAAAAUAAUGAAAUGCACUUAUUAAACCAAUUUACAGUUAGAAAACUUACAACUAUACUCUUUUUUUUUAAUUGCCAUUGUAGGCAGACGAGCGCACGGCCCACCUGAUGGUGAGUGGUAACCGUCGGCCAUGGACUUCAGCGAUGCCAGGGGCAGAGCUAAGCCGCUGCCUACAAAAUACUAUAAAAUUUAUAUUGUAACUACAUAUACGCAUUGCGUAUAUUUUGACUGGCUCGGUUCAGUGCAGUAGUUAGCAUCCUCUGACUGUUGCGCCGAGGGUCGUGGGUUCGAUUCCCACACCGGACAAACAUUCGUGUGAUGAACAAGUUUGUCUGCUCGUUGUUCGUGUGUUUAUUAUCUAUAUACUAGCGACCCGCCCUCGCUUCGCUUCGGAAACUGUAAUUUACUAUUGAUUUCUCCACUAUUUAAUGGAUGUUAUUAUACAUAUAAACCUUCCUCUUCAAUCACUCUAUUUAUUAAAAAAACCGCAUAAAAAUCCGUUGCGUAGUUUUAAAGAUUUAAGCGUACAUAGGGACAGAGAAAGCGACUUUGUUUUAACAUAUGUAGUGAUGCAUAUAUUUAAACGUAUAUAAGUAUCUAUGUACAAUGUAGUCUGGUACCCAUAACACAGGCAAAGGGAAUCCUAAUUUGGAGCCCGACGGCUAUUCGUGAUUUGUUCCCAGUUAUUAUUUAUUAUAUAUUUCAGUUUUGCGUAUGAUCAGCAAAUCAUAUUUUUUUUGUCACCUUUUAGUCGAAUGUGUUUUCUUAUUCUGAACACAAAAAAAAAUCUUAUUAAUAAUGUAAUGUAACUUGUAAAUGGAUGAAUAAUAUAAUUGUACCUUAAGAUUUAUUUUAGCGACUCGUAUUUUGUAUUUGUUAUUAACAAGUAAUGCUUUUAGCUACUACUGUAAUUACCCGCUUUUAAGAUAGCAAUACAAUUAAUGUAAAAAUAGCUAUUAUUUUUGGAAAUGUAAAAGAUGUGUAAUAAAUAAAAAUCUUAAAAUUUCUGAA